UGACAGGUUAGGCAGGUGAAUCGCCUCCCGGAAACCGAGCUAGAGCGCCCCACCUUGGGGGGCCUGCCUGCCUGCUCAAAUCGGAUUCAGCGCAGCCGGGCUUCUCGACCCAGCAGUGACAGCUGAGGCCAUGUGAGUUUGGUCCUGAAUGAGGCUUUAUCUCCGACUGUUCGUUCCAUCGUCCACCGUGACACCAGCUCCCUCCGACAGCCUGUUCCAGGCGGCUGAGACAGCCAGAGCAAGAGAGGUGAGGGCAACCAUAGCCAGGAUUGAGAAGAGGACACCGGGCCUCCAGCUGCCAACCAGGUGAUGGGGACACAGGGCCACCAUGAAUGCCCUCUGGGCCCUGACGUUCAUCUUCUCUCCUGACCCUGCCUGAGCCAAGCCAUGUCCCAACAAGCCUCAGUGGGCAGGGGGCUGCCCCCAGAUGUGCUGGCAGAGCAGGUGGAGCUGUGGUGGUCCCAGCAGCCCCGGCGCUCCUUGCUCUGUUUCUCCGUGGCCGUGGGCCUUGUGGCUGGCUGUGGGGCGGGCGGCGUGGCCCUCCUGUCCUCCACCAGCAGCCGCUCCGGCGAAUGGCGACUAGCGGUGGGCACCGUGCUCUGCCUGCUGGCCCUGAUGGUUCUGGUGAAGCAGCUGAUGAGCUCUGCCGUGCAGGAUAUGAACUGCAUCCGCCAGGCCCAGCAUGUGGCCUUGCUGCGCAGCGGCGGAGGGGCCGAUGCCGUUGUGGUACUGCUCAGUGGUUUUGUGCUGCUGGUCACUGGCCUGACCCUGGCUGGGCUGGCUGCUGCCCCAGCCCCAGCUCGGCCACUGGCUGCCAUGCUGUCUGUGGGCAUUACCCUGGCUUCCUUGGGCUCAGUCUUGCUGCUGGGUUUGCUACUGUAUCAGGUGGGUGUGAGUGGACACUGCCCCCCAAUCUGUACAGAUGCAGCCACCACCCAAAAUGAGCACGGUGGUAACAGCAGCAUCUUUAGCAUCUCCGGACAGCUGUCCUCUGGCCAGCGUCAUGAGACCACCUCCAGCAUUGCCAGCCUCAUCUGACGGAGAUGGAGUCCUUCUUCCCAGGAACUGCCUCAGUGUCCCCAGAACUUGUCUCAGGACAUGCACAGGUGCAUGCAUGUAUGUGUGCCCCCUGCCAUGGCAUGGCAUAACAUGUGAUUAGGAGCUCAUGUGUACCCAUACAUCCACACCAUGAGAAGGUGAGUGAUGCCUCCUUGGGGCUGUUUGUGCCUUAUGGACUGUCGUGCUCGCUGCCUGGUUCUGGAGUCUCUAAGCGACAUUCAUCUGGAAUCCCUGAAGACUUGACCCAUAUUUCUGAGACUCUACAGCUCCAGCCUCGCCCUAUGACAUCAUCAAGGGUCUCCAUGGAAGUGACUGUUGCCUCUCCGUGACUACACCAGUAAUUGCUCUUCAGAAAGAGUGACAUGGGAAAUGGCUUCCUGAUGAGAUGGACCUGGACAGGAAACACCUUUGACCUUGUAACCUAGCACCCGGGGCCUGGGUGAGGUAACUCAGCCUCUUCUGCUUUAGUUUCUUAGAACGGUGUUGCCAUUGAUUCUUAGGAUUAAAUGCCACCUGAGGGGA